AUGGCGAAAGAAGUCCAGCAUGUACUAGCAAGCGUAGGCAUUGAAAUGAAGAAGUGGAAGUCGAACUCCAAGAGAUUGAUCAAAGAAAUGCUAUCAGAGAAUGAAGAGGAGAGUAUGUUCGUAGACGAAGAGAAGGCAUCAGUGCUAGGGCUGAAGUGGAAUAUAACUCGAGACAUGUUUUCGUUUGUGGUAAAGACCCCAGAGAUUGAAGGAGUGGUUACUAAGAGGAAGAUUCUAGGUUGUGUGGCGCAACUUUACGAUCCAAACGGAUUUAUCUCUCCAGUUACAAUUCUGGGGAAGAUUAUCAUACAGGAUCUAUGGCGUAUCGGAGUAGAAUGGGAUGUACCAGUACCCAAAGAGAUGGAAGACAGAUUCCGUAUAUACUGGGAAGAGAUAAAAUACCUUGAAGAGUUUACGUUAGAGAGAUGGAUUGGCACGGGUGGUGGUGGAAAGGUUGAAUUGCACGGGUUCUCAGAUGCGUCAACGGUAGCAUAUGGUGCGGCGAUUUAUGUGCGUGUUGAGAACGGCGGCAUGGAGGUAAAGAGCACACUACUAGUAUCUAAGUCACGUGUCGCACCGAUGAAAACUGUUUCGGUGCCAAGGCUAGAGUUGGCAGCUGCGGAGCUUCUGUCCCGCUUACUGGUCGAUGUAACGAGGGCGAUGGAACUUUCGGGGGUGGGUUACACGUUGUGGACGGACUCACAGGAAGUGCUUCACUGGAUUGGUAAAAUACCGCGAUGUUUGAAAACUUUUGUUGNAAGUGAACUUAUCUAUUUUAAACUAUAG